AUGUUUAUAUUGCAAAGUGUUACGCAAGACGAGAUGAGCGCAAAAAUAAGCGACGAGUCUACAAAGCUGGAGAAGCGGCGGGAGAACGUGCUCAAGUGGGGAGACAGCAUAGAUAUGGUCAGCGCCCUCGCCCCCGCACUUGGUUCAAGAAUCCUCUAG